AUGGCCGAAGAGCAAGAGGACUUUAGCAAGCUGCCCCUGGCCGAUCGCUUUGUACACAAGAACUGGAAAGUGCGCAAGGAAGGUUACGAGACUGCCACAAAAGAAUUCAAGACUGCGCAACCGAGCGACCCCCUCGUCAAGGACUUUAUCGCAGACUCCAACAUCUGGAAGGGCGCUGUCGCCGAUGCCAACGUCGCUGCUCAGGCCGAAGGUCUUAAUGCGCUGAAUGCCUUUCUUGAGAUUGCCGGCAAGCCUGGCUGCACCCGGUGCGCAACUCUCUCCUGCGCGCAAACCUCUUCUGCGCGAGCCUCCUCUAGUCGAGAGUUCCCAGCUAACACAUACCCCUCAGCNACUCGCACAUCCACAAUCCAGCCCAUCGUCGAAAAGGGCGUGACAGGUCGUCCCGCCGCAAAAGCCGCUGCCAUCGAGGCCCUCCUCCUCUACGUCGAACUCGACAUUGCCGAUCCCGUCAUCGAAGAGCUCAUUCCCCUCCUCUCCGCCAAAACCCCCAAAGUCAUCGUCGCUGCCUUGCAAUCCCUCACCGCCAUCUACCACGCAUACGGCUGUAAGACCGUCGAGCCAAAGCCCAUCGUCAAGCUACUACCCAAGGUCUACGGUCAUGCAGACAAGAACGUGCGCGCCGAAGCACAAAACCUCACAGUCGAACUUUACCGAUGGCUAAAGGAAGCCAUGAAGCCCCUGUUCUGGGGAGAGCUCAAGCCCGUCCAACAGACAGAUCUGGAAAAGCUGUUCGAAAAGGUCAAGGAUGACAAGCCCACACAAGAGAGACUGCUCAGAUCUCAACAAGCUGCACAAGAAGCCGCAGAAGAGGCAGGCGAGGCUCCCGCUGAAGAUGUUGAAGAGGAAGAAGACGGCGCAAUCGACCUGGAGCCAGAGUUCGAGGCUGUCGAUGUCAUGUCAAAAGUGCCGGCAGACUUCAGCGAACGUCUCAACUCGUCAAAAUGGAAGGACCGCAAGGAAGCUCUUGAUGAGCUCUUCACUGCCGCCAACCAACCCGCCAUCCAGGAAGGCCCAUUCGACGAUGUCAUGCGUGGUCUUGCAAAGAGCAUGAAAGACGCCAACGUGGCUUGCGUUACUGUGGCUGCAAACUGUGUCGAAGUGCUCGCAAAGGGUCUGAAGAAGAGCUUCUCCAGAUAUCGCUCUACCAUAAUGUCGCCCAUGCUCGAGCGUCUCAAGGAGAAGAAGCAGACCGUUACUGACGCUCUUGCUGCCGCUUGCGACGCCGUCGUCUCGGCCACUGGUUUGACUGACAACCUCGAGGAGAUGCUCGAAGCUUUCAAGCACAAGACUCCUCAAGUCAAGCUCGAGUCCGCGCGUGUGCUUGUGCGCUGUCUGAAGAACCUUAGAGAGGUGCCUCCACCUGCUGAGCUCAAGACCAUGUCCGAUGCUGCCAAAAAUCUGUUGGCAGACUCCCAAGCACCACCUAGAGAAGCAGCUGCUGAAAUUCUUGGAACCUUGUGGAAGAUCAUGACCGACCGCAACAUGCUCCCUCAUCUCGACGGCAUUGACGAUAUCAAGAAGAACAAGAUUAAGGAGUACUGUGACAACGCAGAGGUCAAGGUCAAAUGGAAGCCCAAGGUGGCUCCCCCUCCCAAGCCUGCCGCCGCUCCCGCAAAGAAGCCUGCUCCCGGAAGACGUCCCGCACCGGGUGUAAAGAAGGCAGCACCUGCGCCAAUCAGACCCGCUACCCCGGAAGAGCCUCCAGCUGCUGCACCGCUAGCCGCUCGCCCAACCAGCAGACCCGGAGUCAAGCCUGGCCUCAAGUCGGGACUUGCAGCACCUGGAUCAAAGAUGAGAAAGCCUGGUUUGGCACCACCAGUCGCUUCGCCUAGAAGAGUAACUUCUGAAGAUGUCGAGAUGUUGGACGACCCACCGACACCCGCUCCUGCACCACGUUCAGGACUCGCAGCACCCCGUAGCCUUGCCGCCAGACCACUAGGAAAACCGACAAACUCGUUUAACCAGAGCACAAACGAACCCCCUCAAGAAUACGCUCCACCUCCUCAAGCAGCUCCUUCGGUCUUGAGUUUGGCUGAAAGAUCAGAACUUUCGGAUCUGCGUUCAGAAGCCGAAUAUCUCCGUUCUCAAAAUAGUGAACUGAGAACGGACAAGAUGAGACUCAACAGCCAGAUUCACGAACUCCAAAACCAGAAUGCACAACUGAUCGAAGACCACACUCGCGAUGUGCUGGGAAUCAAGGCCAAGGAGACUCAGUUAGUCCGCGCGCGAAGUGAUGCUGAAGCUGCCGAGGAACGUGCAGCCGGUCUUGCCCGUGAAGUAGACAGACUGAAGCGUGAAGUAGCUCGUUUGGGACGUGUUGAGCGUGACCACAACCAAGACACCCAGAUGCACAACAGCGGCUACGCCGAGAGCAACGGUACAAACGGCAUGAGACACUACGACACACCAAUGGGCGGUAUGGGUCCGCCUCGACCUCAGUUUGGCCGUCCUGGCGGUGGCGUGUCAUACUCAUCAUCUCAAUCACGGGAGCCCAGCGGUGAGACACACGAACACGUCGACUCUGCAGCCGGACUGGAACGCAUCACAAGCCCUGUGAGCGGAUUCAGAAGUUCAAACGCACCAUCCAUGGACCACUCGAGCAGCGGCCGUGCUAGUCCCGCGGUUUCCGGCUUGCAGCGCAGUGCAAGUGGUAGCAGACCUGGAAGCAACAUGGAGCAAAGCUAUGGAGCAGGUCUGGGCUCAGAGUCUGGUGUCCAAAGAUCCUCCAUGUCGAGGGGACAAAGCGGUGAAGGUGCCACUGGUGGUGUAGAGAGUUGGAGACGUGCUGCCGAGGUGACGCAAAAUCUGAAGGCCAGAAUCGAAAUGAUGAAGCAGAGUCUUCAGCGCAACCACUAG